UCCACUUCCUCUCAGCUACUCUAGAAAAAACCCAAACCCCAUUUCGCCCGCUCCUCUUUGACGAUCUCUCGUCGGCGAGCUCGUCACGACGAACUCCUCGCCGGCGAUCUCGUCACCGGCGAGCUCCUCACCGGCGAUCUCGUCACCGGUGAGCUCGUCACCGGCGAGCUCCUCAUCGGCGACAUAGGCGACAAGCACCUCGCCGGUGAGCUAUGCAACGAGCUCCUCAUUGCUAAUUUUCUUUCCGACGAGCCCUUCAAAACGAAGCUUCUUCUCGCCGAGCUCCUCGCAACAGGACAAUGGGAAUAGACAAAAGUUGGAUGAUCAUCCAAGAUAGAUCUCUUAUUGAGUAUGAAAUGGGUGUUGACGCAUUCUUGGAUUAUGCUUUCAAUCAACUAGGAGAUGUUAGGGGAAUUCGUUGCCCUUGUACUAAAUGCAAUAAUGUCAUAUUUAAGACACGUGAUGAGGUGAAAGCCGAUUUAUUUUUCAACGGAGUGACUCAAUCUUAUACCACGUGGCAUCAUCAUGGUGAAUCAUCUGAUGAAUCCGAUACUAAUGAGCUAGUAGAUGAAGACAUGUCAAGUGAUGACGGGCGUGGGGACAUUAAUAGAAUGGUGGAGGAUAUGUUUGCACAUAAAGGGAAUGUGGAAACUAGUGAAGCAGGAAAGGAGUCCAUAGGAUGUGAGCAAUCUAAUAUUGAUGCACAAAACUAUUUUCGCCUUUUAGAAGAAUGUGAACAAGAUGCUUAUCCUGGGUGUAAGAAAUAUUCUAAGUUGAAGUUUCUAGUGACUUUGCUAAAUUUGAAAUGCCUCAAUGGAUGGACGGACAAAUCAGUUACAAUGUUGUUGGAGUUUCUUAAGGAUUUUUUGCCUGCUGAUGCAAAUAUUCCCAAAUCAUACUACGAAAUGAAAAAUAUUAUUAAAGACUUGGGUCUUCAUUAUAUUAAGAUUGAUGCAUGUAAAAAUGAUUGUGUUCUUUAUCGGAAGAACCUUGAGGAUGCCACUAAAUGCCCAACUUGUGGUGAGCGGCAAAGGACUCCUCAGGGCAGUCCGAGCCUGAAGUGGCGACUCAUGCUGGCGCACGACGAGAAGCACCGCGCCGCCGGCUGCGCAUUACACUGUCGUGGGUAA